AUCGAUCAAGUCACCGAUAACCAUGAAGGUCCCAAGCUCCUUAGCUGCUGUAGCAGCAGCGUCGAUCUCUCUGCUUGAAGGUGUGCAGGCGCAUACUUUCAUCCAUUCCGUCUAUGUAAACGGCGUCGAUCAAGGUACUUUCAACGGUAUCCGUGUACCCGGGUAUGUCGGUGGGCCACCAAAUGGUGCUGCCAACCACCCCGUCAAGGAUCUCGAAAGCAUGGAUAUGCGAUGCAGCAGGAUGGGCGAUCAGCAAGUGCCGUACACUAUCCAAGUGAGGCCCGGCGACAAUAUCACGAUGGAAUGGCGCCACGCAGCACGCAGAGCUGGCGACAGAAUCAUCAAUGGAGCCCCCGCCCAUAAAGGCCCCGUGAUGGUGUACUUGACCCCAGAUCCGCCGACGAACAACUCGUUCGUCAAGAUCUGGGAACAGGGCAAGAUUUCCCAGAGCCCGACCCCGGGCCCGGGCCCUAAAGGUACCGGUAGAUGGGCCAUGUCAGAUGAAAUUCUGGAUAAGAGGGGGUUGUUGGACGCGCGAAUUCCAAAGGACCUCAAGGCUGGUUUCUACCUCCUUCGAGCUGAACUCAUUGCUCUCCACUUGGCCGAUGCCUCCUGGAAGGAGGAUAAGCACCGAGGGGCGGAAUUCUACAUCGAUUGCCUCCAGCUAGAAGUCCUAGGCGACGGUGAGGUCGAACUGCCCGAAGGCGUGGGCUUCCCGGGAGCUUACGAUUGGAAGGAUCCUGGUAUUCUCUACGAUGUCUUUUGCUCGGUCGAAGACCCGCUUCCCACUCCUGUCCCCUGCCCAACCACAUACCAGAUUCCGGGUCCGCCUGUGUGGACCGGAGCCUGGCCUGAGACGACUCAGGUUAAAGUUGGUGAGAUGAAAGGCCCUAUUAACGCUACGAGUUGGGAUACUUGGAUCAUCGACUCUGUCGUUACGUCGGCGUCCGCAGGGAGGGUUUUGGGGUCCGCGACUUAUCAGCAGCAGUGGUCUACAACUUACCAUACGCCGAUGCCGACGCCGAUGCCGACUUCUUAGGGUUGGUAAUAACAAUGCAUGUUAAGUACCUGAGAGUCUAAGGAACAUGUGCCGGGAGAUUAGCUAGAGAUCUAUAGGUAGAUAUCUAGGCACCUACUUAUCAAUUCGGAAUAAUCUUCUUCGCGGACGUUUAAUGACAUUGACAUUAGCUCCGUUAAGUACUUCAUGGUUAGGGAUCAUAUUAGGUAUAGGUACCUAACCUGUAUUAUUAUCUACC